CGCGAGGCUUCUGGACACUCCCCGAACGGGCGGGAGAAAGACCCUGAGGCAGCGGCGGGUGCGUGAUGCGGUCCGAGAAGGAGGCAGCCAGCGGGACCGGGGGCUCUGGCGUCGGCGGGGCCGGGCGGGGAUCGGGCGGCAAGGAGAAGCCGCCAUUGCCGCCGCCACCACCGCCUCCGCCUCCACCCCUCCCACCACCGCCCGCAUCUUCCCGUGGAGGGACAGCGAUGGAGAUACAGUUCAGCCGCGAGUCUCCCCGGCGCGAAGUGGAGACGCCGCCGACCGCCGUCUCGGCCUCGGGCUGUGGGGGUGGCGGAAGCAGCGGCGGCGGCAGCAAGCCGCGGGAGGAGAAGAAAACGGUCCUGAGCAAGGUAGUUAUUCGUCGACUUCCUCCCAGUUUAACCAAGGAACAGCUAGAGGAACAGUUGCAUCCACUUCCUGCUCAUGAUUACUUUGAAUUUUGCACAGCUGAUCCCAGUCUUUAUCCUCAUCUUUACUCAAGAGCAUAUAUUAAUUUUCGAAAUCCUGAUGACAUCCUUCUUUUUAGAGAUCGUUUUGAUGGCUAUGUCUUCAUUGAUAGUAAAGGUCUGGAAUAUCCUGCUGUAGUAGAAUUUGCUCCAUUCCAAAAGAUUUCCAAAAAGAAAUUAAAGAAAAAAGAUGCCAAAGCAGGGAGCAUUGAAGAAGAUCCAGAAUAUAGGAAGUUUCUAGAAACCUAUUGUGUUGAGGAGGAGAAAAUAAGUGCCAAUCCUGAAACUCUUUUGGGAGAGAUUGAGGCAAAGACACGGGAACUCAUUGCUAGAAGAACAACACCUCUUUUGGAAUAUAUUAAAAAUAGAAAAUUAGAAAAGCAGAGAAUUCGAGAAGAAAAAAGGGAAGAACGGAGGAGGCGGGAAUUAGAAAAGAAACGCUUGAGAGAAGAAGAGAAAAGAAAACGUAGAGAAGAGGAAAGACGUAAGAGAAAAGAAGCUGAAAAACAAAAGAAAAUUGCUGAGAAAGAGAUAAGAAUCAAGCUUCUUAAAAAGCCUGAAAAGGGAGAGGAACCUGUAGCAGAAAAGCAAAAAGAAAAAGGAGAAGAAGCUGAUAUUGAAGAAGGAAAAUGGGAAAAAUCCUCCAGCUCUGGAAGCAUAAAGUCCAAACCCUUAGAAAGUUCAUUGAAGGAACUCAAGGAAAAGUCACAAAAUGACAGUGAUAAAGAACAAAGGGAUAUGGAUAGAAGAUUUCGAGAAAAAGAACCUGAAAGACAAAGGUAUCGCUUGGACGAUGGCAGAAAACAUAGAACUCAUUAUGAGUUUGACAAGUUUUUGAGAAGGAAUGAAGACGAGCUGAAAUGGGGGAAAGGAUACAACCAAGACAGAGGGAAGAAAGGGAACCACAACUACAGCUUCACUGUGGAGGCAGUAGACAAACUGGGUAAAGAGGACAAGUGUGAUGACAUGGCAUCCAAAAAGGAGCGCAUAAGAAAUAAGGACCGUCCAGCCAUGCAGUUAUACCAACCAGGGGCUCGCAUUCGAACACGUACGGGCUCUACAAGUAAAACUCCUGACUGCACUGCAAAGUCAUCUGAAGAGGCUUGUGAUAGAAAAAGUGAGGCAGAGAAUCCCGCAGGAGCUGCUUCUGAGAAGAGUGAAGAGGCAGAGUAAACAUGCAAGGCAGAUUUGUCGUGGUUAUGAACAAAUUUCAUUCUUACGUAGUUAGAAAAGGGAACUAGAAAUGAUUCCAGGGAAAUAAGCCAAAACCCAUUUUUUAAAAAAAAGGCAUCUAGUAAAUCAUUUUGAGUGAAAAGAUGUACUUUUUGUCCAGUUCUGGACUGGUGUUUUCUUCAGUUUACUCUGCUAGUGUAAACUAGUAUUUAUUUAGCUAAAAGAGAGAAAAUUAUAUCCUUCAGAAAAUAUUAUGUCAAGAAAAUGAAGAAAAUUAGUGUUGCAUCAGUUUGAAAUCUGAGACACUUUAAAUCUGUUCUGUGAAUAACAAUAACUUCAUUGUUUGCACAUUUGUGAUAACAUGACAUGUUGAUACCAGUACCUCAUUGUGUUUGUGUUAGUUUUCUAAAAGUUCUAGUGUCGAGUAAGUGUGACACAGUUUCCAGUUCUCAUAUUGUUAUGGAAUUUGUAAUUCAGCCACUUUUGCCUUUUAUGUUGUAAAUAUAAGUUUUGACAUUUACAUUUUAAAACAAAUCAGUCUAACAAAUCUCAGCACUUCAACAGUAUGCUAUCUGAUUUUAUUUAAAUUAUUUUAUGUUGGGGGCACUGACUUGAGAUGAUUUGAUAGAAACUUAUGAACACAUAUGUUCAUGUUUUACCUAUACUUUGGUUGUAGGACUUACCCAAAGUAAUAAAAUUGGGGGGAGGGAAGGAUAGGGAUCAGAUAUGGCUACUAUAUUAAUUCAUUUUGCCGUUUUUAGACAUUUUUAAUGCACUGUGUUUUUUUUCAAUUGUCUAAAAUUCUGAAUUACAGUAUUUUGACCUCUUAGCUGAAUCUAAAGAUGUUAGUUUACUUUUAGCACUGUGCAUUGAAUGUUUUAUUAAAUAACAUUUUAGAGUUAUAGAUUUCAAAGUCCAAUUAUUGUAUUUUUCAAGAUAUUUAAUAUAGCAAAAUUGAAAAUAUGAUUUCUCCUGUUUAAAUUCAUCAAAUUUGAAUUUUGAGUCCACUAAUAAAAUUUUAAAAAUUAAUUGUUAUAAAAUCCAACUACUGUAGGGAGUUAAAUUUUAGGAAAUUGAUGACCUACAAAAUGUGUAAUCAGCAUAUAUCAGAAAAGGCAUAGAAUAUGUCAUUUCCUUUGACUUUCCCUCUUAUAUACAGUUCCUAGACUUUUGGGUUACACUGGAUAAUAUGUGAUUAUAGAUGGAGAAGUGAAGUGUCCCAGUGAUCCACCAUUGGGGUAACAACCCUGGCAAACUGGAGGGUGCUUAGAUAAAACUUUCUUAGGUCUUUCAUGGUUCUGAGACACUUAUAUAUGUGCAGAAGGUCUGUGCAUGCAGGAAAGGGUGCUGCAUUUGGAGUCACAGGACCUGGGUUCAAAUUAUUGCUCUUUUGUUUACUGUGUAAGCUCAAGACAAGUCACUUCACUUCUGUAGAUUCACUUCCUUAGUUGUAAAGUAUGAUUGAAUCAGUAAGGUAGUUCCAGGUCUAAGUCAGUGAUACUGUGUUCUCUUGAAAAUUGCAAAAACCAAUAGCAAACCCCUAAUUGGGUCAACCUAGGGAUCCAGAUGAAAAAUGAAGUUCAUAGUUUUCCUGCAGAAGAGACUAAGAGAAAUUCCUUGAUUCUUGGUCUCUACCUUUACCUCUCUAAAUGCCCAGAAAGUGCAUAUCAGUGGAUUUGGGUUUGACUUCUCUUGAGGAAGUGUGAGUACCCCCUGCCAAAAUUGUUUUUAAGUGAAAGGUGCCUACUGAAGCGUGCCAAAUAAUAACAGCUAUUUUUAAGACUUUUCUUUUUAGUAACCCUUCUUGUACAUUCAAAUACAUUGUUUGGAAAGUAGCACACAGGACUUUUGAGAGAAUCAAAUGAGAUCGUGAAAAAAAAGGCUUUAAGUGAUUGUUCGGGGUCACAUGACUGGUGACAGUAUAAUUCAGUUUUAAAGUCUUUAUUUGUUGAAUAAAACUUCUCAAAUAA